ACUGGUUUUGUAAAAAUAGCAAAUAAUUUAGGUGAUGAUAAAGUGCAAAAUGACGCAGGCCAAACCUUGAAAAAACAAUCAAUUCAAACAAGCAACAUGCAUUAAAAAUUAUUAUUUACUUACAGUACGUUUUAAGUAAAAUCAUUUAAUUAUUGUGAUAAUGCGCUAGUCUAUAACUUUGACAAGAAAAACCCACAUUUUCACCAUUUAUUAAGUUGACACUAAUUAGUUAAUAAGAUGCACAUUUGAGAACAGGUUUAGAAAAUCUUUCAUCAGCAUUGUCUUUUGUCUGUUUUUAUUAUUGUAUUGCAUUGUUUGAUUCUCUCCAUAGUAAUCGCGUCUUCACCGAGGGCACUUGUAAACUUCUGAACCUGGUGAUCACAGACCUAGUGGAUGAGGACUUUGUGUUGAACCGCCGACAACAAGCAGCUUCUGCCCUGCUCUUUGGUAUGGUUGCCUUGGUAACCAAGCCUGGCCAGACCUUUGCCCCUCUCAUUGGUACCUGGCUGCUGUGUCUCUACACAGGAUAUGACAUCUUUGAGAGAAACUCUAUGGCAGAAGCACCGAUUGCAGCUCCUGCGGUCCCUGUGCCACUGCGCCAGGGUUGCUUUUAUCUGCUGGUGUUCGUGCCCAUUUCCUGUGCCCUUCUGCAGCUGCUGACGUGGUCUCGCUUCACUCUGCAUGGACGAAGGCUACAAAACAUCAAGACCCUAAGGCAGGGUGCCCAACACAGCCACCUCAUUGAUGUCAAGGCUAUCUAAUGUUCUUGUUACGCAUGGGAAGAGGAAAGAAAAUGAGUUGUGGACACUCCCUAAGACCAGGCAUGCUGCCAACAGACCCUGAAUGGAGAAUGGUGAUGCCAAAUACUGCAAGAGACACUAAAGAGAGAAUGUAUGGUCCCAUCUUAUUGAAACCUGCCUUAAUUUGCUAUGUUUGCUAACUGUUAUAUUGAGUAUGUGACCAAAAAUGAAUAGACGGUUUAACCAGUCUAGUGGUUUGGGACCAUAUUGAACAGUACUGCCCCCAAACCUCCUGUUCUGAAGUUUCAAUGUAUAGUUAUAUGGGUUGAUAAUCAAGCCAAAUCAAAUCACAUCUCCCUUGCCUGUAUGUUUCACCUUUAUGUGAAAAAAUACACUGUGUUCUGAGAAAGGGCAUGUUUGCAAUACGUUCAGCAGUGUUCCAGGGAUACAUGAUAUGGAAUUGCAUGGAUAUCUGUGGUGUUUUCUUUUAUACUGUCAGGACUUCUACAUUGUCUUUGUAAUUCGGCCAGAUGUUGAAGUUGUUUUGUGGCCAGUAACAUCUGUUUUAUAUAACUUUUUGAAAUUCAUUCAGUUACUCAUUGCUAUCAGUGAUUAUUAUUACUGAAAAGUAUGUAUGUUAUAGUUCACAUGAACGUAAAUGCAGACUCUGUGUUGUACUAGCAUGUAUAACUAACUUAUUUUUGUACCAAAUGUCCAAUUUCACUUUAUUUUGAGUUGUCAAGACGGUAAUGAAUUCCUUGGCCAGUCUGAUGUUAAAAUGCAGAUUGACUUCUCAAAGUUACAGAAAUAGUUUUGUAUAAGGGUUUUCCAAAUUAAAAUUUAUUGCCAAAUUUAUAUUCUUAACUUUUAGUAAAAAUACCAUUUUUGACACAUUUGUGAAGUUGCAUUUCCUGUAUGAUCGUUGCAAAAAACCAUGAAGAAAUGUCUUAAUAUUUUAAUAUUUUAGGCCUUAGAUGGUUAAAAAAAAUUGGUCAACUACUGGUUUGGGCACAAUGAGCACAUCUGAUAUUUUAUUCAUAUUUCAUGGUUAUUUAUUGUAGGAAACAUUUGAUUUAUUUUAGAAAAUGUUCAAAUUUUUACACAAAUGUGUCAGAGUCUUGAGCUAUGGCUUAGGAUGUAUGAGCUAUUUUCGUGCUUUUGGCCAUUGUUUGAUUACUUUUGCUUGCAAAUAUAUGUCGUUUUAUAAUAGUAAUG